CCUGUGGCAGCAACAGCACCCAGCAAAUCCGUCAAGAUGGUGUUCCACAAGCUUGUGAAGAACAGCUCGUACUACAGUCGCUUCCAGACUAAGUACAAGCGUAGACGCUCUGGAAAGACUGACUACUAUGCCCGCAAGCGCCUGAUCACCCAGGCCAAGAACAAGUACAAUGCGCCCAAGUACCGUCUGGUCGUCCGCUUCACCAACCGGGACAUCAUCAUGCAGAUCGUGACCUCCGAGAUUAGCGGUGACAAGGUCUUUGUCUCUGCUUACUCCCACGAGCUGCGCGCCUACGGCAUCGAGCACGGCCUGACCAACUGGGCUGCUGCCUACGCCACUGGUCUCCUGAUCGCCCGCCGUGCCCUCAAGAAGCUCGGCAUCGACGAGCACUUCAAGGGUGUCGAGGAGGCCGAUGGCGAGUACACCCUGACCGAGGCUGCCGAGACCGACGAUGGUGAGCGCCGCCCCUUCAAGGCCUUCCUUGAUGUCGGUCUGGCCCGUACCUCCACCGGUGCCCGUGUCUUCGGUGCCAUGAAGGGUGCCUCCGACGGUGGCAUCUUCGUCCCCCACUCCGAGAACCGUUUCCCCGGUUACGACGUGGAGUCCGAGGAGCUCGACGCCGAGACCCUCCGCAAGUACAUCUACGGCGGCCACGUCGCUGAGUACAUGGAGACGCUGGCCGACGACGACGAGGAGCGCUACAAGAGCCAGUUCCAGAAGUACAUCGAUGACGAUGUCGAGGCUGACGGCCUGGAGGACCUCUACACCGAGGCCCACGCCGCCAUCCGCGAGGACCCCUUCAAGAAGUACGAGUCGGACGCCCCCAAGAAGUCCAAGGACGAGUGGAAGGCCGAGUCCCAGAAGUACCGCUCCAAGAAGCUCACCUACGACGAGAAGAAGGAGCGCGUCCAGGCCCGCAUUGCCGAGCUCCGCGACUAAACUUCUCGACGUUUGACGACUCGCAAAACAAAAAACACAUCAAAAGUUCUUUUUACACACACACACACCCUGGCUUUGUGCAAUCCUCAGGGUCGACCUGGAAUGAAUGGUCAGGAUGGGAUUAUGGCGUGCAUCAGGAGUUUUUCAACCCGGAAAGGGACUGCUUAGGGCUUAGUGAAAAUCAAUGAAUUUCUACCAACCCUUGGUGCUCUUUCAAAC